AUGUCAACUUCACAGGAUGGUAUGCCAGGUGGCUACUUGGACGAAAGAAUGGCUGAUCCAGUACAGAGAUCAAGUUUACUCCAACAACACCUGCAAAGACAGCCAUAUGCACAUCUCAUCAGAGCACAUAGCUAUGCAGGAGGAGAUGAUGAUGUGGACGAUGAUGAUGAACAAAAGCAUAGAAGGGGAAAUCGAAGGAGAAGGGCAAACGAAAGGAGAAGGAGGAAUGGAUAUAGUAGUGAUGAUGAUGCUCUCAGUGUAACGACAUAUGACUCAGAAGAAGAAGCAAGAUUGGCACAGGAAGAAUGGGAAGAGAGUAUCGGACAGCUGAACCUGGCAUUACAAGUGAUGGUCUUGCCAUUCUUUGGCAAGUGGUUGGGUAGAAAGACGAGCUAUUGGCUAUUCUCCCGCUACCAACGUCUAGGCUGGACAAGGGCAUUCUUUGGCUUAGAAUGGCUAUGGACUCCAAACACAAUUCUACCCGGGCCUGCUGUAGCAUUGCUUCAACCAUAG